AUGUUGAAUACUUGGCUGAUGAUGCAAGUAUUAGCAAAUCAUCAAUUCAAUAUGUACUAUACUUAUCAUAAUGAUUAUCAUCAAGAUAAAUAUUGUCUUUUAUAUUAUGUAAAUGAUCAGCUUUAUGAUUAUUUCGAAGUGCCAGUAAACUUACAUCAGAUUAUUUCAUAUUGUUUUCGACACUCACUAGAGAAUUUCAUCGUGAUAAAUGAUAAUAUUGAUAAAAGAAUUACUUUUGAAGAAUUACAAUCGAAAAAUAUUAGUAGUCAACUAUUACUUUCUUGGUCAGCACCUAUUGAUUUGGCCGAAAACUAUGAAAUAUUUUUAAGAAAUACUUCAAAUGUAUCAUUAUUCUAUGAAGAAAUGUUCUUUGACAACUUUACUAUACCAUGGUUUGGACCUAACUGUCGUUUUACAUUUGAUUCAAUUACAGAAAAAUCAUUUAAUGAAUUUGUUACAAUCUACUUUCGUUCACAACCACAAAUUAAGAUUGGUGAGAAAAUAACUUGUUAUAAACAUCUUCUUACUUGUGAAACAUCAUUAUCAUGUUUGGAUUGGCGUGAGAUUUGUGAUAGAAAAAUUGAUUGUUUUGAUGGAUCAGACGAAUUUUAUUGUUGGCAACUUGAAUUGAAUGAAUGUGCUGAUAAUGAAUAUCGAUGUCAUAAUGGUCAAUGUAUUCCAAUGGAAUUUUUUCAUGAUAUUUCACUUAAUCCAGAUUGUUUAGAUCGAACGGAUGAACUUAGAGGUACGAAUUAUCCUGAUCGUUGUCACCGAGAUCCUGCUUUUCGAUGCGAAGAACAUACAUGUCGACCCGGAAUCGAUGAAUUUCCAUGUGGUAAUGGACAAUGUUCAACAAAAUUCGAUUCAAUAUGUCAUAAUGGUCGUGAUAAUGUUUUCACUAAUGAUUCGUGUUCAAAUGCUAUUAAUUGUCGUAUAGAUUUUUAUGAUGCUUUUGACAAUAUAUGGUGUCAAGAAUUUUGUAGUGAAAUCGAUUGCAUCGAAGAAUAUUGUUCAUCAUUAUUAAAUUUUUCUACUUUAAGUUUAUUCAAACAUGUUCAACUUUUAUUCAAUAAGAGUCAAUUUACUAUAGAACCCAACGAAAUCUCAUUACCUAUUUAUGUAUGUUAUGAUGAAAAACUUUGUCGAGAUUUUCUUCCAGCUACCAUCUAUUUAAACGAUUCAUCUUGUCGUUAUUUUCAUGAAUUAGGAUUAGAAAAAUUGGAUACAUUUUUUACGCUCAUUGAAAAUAUUAAUAAUCUAUUUCGUACAUGUUUAAUAUUGCCAAAUGAAACACAUUAUUGCAAUCAUUCAAAUAUGUAUCAAUGUAAGAAUUCAACAAAAUGCAUUUCAAACUCUCGUCUACUUGAUAGAAUUCAAGAUUGUCCAUUAAAUGAUGAUGAAACAUUUACUGAAAGUUGCUCUUUGCCUGAUGUUCAUCGUCGUUUUUCAUGUUCCAUUGGAUCCUAUAGAACAUGUUUAGCACCAUUAAUUAUUGAAGAUAGAAAAAAAGAUUGCGAUAAUGGUGAAGAGGAACGUCGAAAUGAAGAAAAAUUAAUCGAAAAACAUAUUUAUUUUCAAACAAUAUGUGAUNCUGAGUAUAUUUUUUUCUGGUAUCGCGAUUGUAUUGAUUCUAUUCCUUCGUUUUAA